AUGGAUCAACAGGUGCCUAGGCAUCUGGGUGACAGGUACUCAGACGUGAGAGGGUUCACUGGGACCGAGUACUACCACAUGGCACUGGAGCAGCUGCACGGUCCCCCCAAGGCACUGGAAGCCCUGGGCUUGUCCCUCACGGUGCACCACCUGCCAAUGCUCAGCCGGGACCACCUGGUGGACAUCACCAAUGCCCAGUUGAAGAUUUCAGUCUCUGCUCCCAAGGUGCGUGCAUCCAGAGGUGCUCCCUUUCAGAGGUGAAACUUUCAGAAGGCCAUCCUGAAGCUCCAGGAUGGAUGGCAGAUUCCCAUGUUCAUGCAUGGCGAGGAGGAGAAAUGAGCAGAAGACUGCAUCCACUCUCCUGGCAGUUGUGAAUUGGUUCUCCGGCCUCCAGUCAGGUGGCUGCUGGAGUGAGGUCGUUCCCAUGUUGUGCUGAAGUGACUACCACAGAUGCUAUUGUGCUUCUUUUAAUUCAGCCAGAGAGAAACUUACAGUAAAGGUUGAUAUUUCUUUAAAAGUGCUCCUUAUUAAAAAAAGCAAAGCACAAGAUAAAAUAAGCCAGUAUUAAUAAUAAAAUGUUUGUUGAUUUCUGCUAAAAAAAAUGACUAGGGAGCCCUGGAAUUUCAUUCUGGGAGUUUGUAAGUCCAUAAUGCUUUCUUUUGACCAGAGCCUCAUCUUUACCAUGCUUUUGUGUGGCGUGUAACAGCAGGUGAAGGGCUAAGCAAGUGAAUCAGUCAGCUUUCUGUUACUGUAACAAAUACCUGAGAUAAUUAACUUGUUAGAAAAAAGUUUUAUUUGGGCUCAGUUUUGGAAGUUUCUGUCCGUGAUUGGUUGGCUCUGCUGUUUUUUGACCUGUGGGUGGCAUAGCAUAGUGGGAAUGUGUGGUUGAGGAAAACCAUUCUCCUCGACUGAGUGUGAGAGAAAGAGGGAGGGCCUGGAUGCCACAAUCACACCAACCCCACGCCCUCAGUGACCUGAAGACUGUCCAUUAAGCCCCACCUCUUAAAGUCUCACCCAACUUCCCAAAAGUACCAUGCUGGGGACUAAAUCUUUAAUACAUGGGACUUGGGGGGAUACUCCAGGUCCAAAUUCUAACAGUAGUUGUGUGCGCUUAGCUUCUUAUGUAUUUGCUAUGCCUUCUGUCACCUUCAGAGGAAGUGCCCAAGAGCUUCCUGGAUCCUCUUCUGGUAAGAUACCCCAGGAGGUCUUCCAUUCAGGCUUCUGCUACACUUGCUACUGCCACACUGCCACAUGGUUACUGCUGGGUUGUGUACUUAUGGGCAUUUCUAGAUUACCAACAGGAUGUAUGAAUUCUUUCUAAUAAGAGAUAGGGAGGAAAAAAGGCUGACCUAAAACUGACAGCACAUUAAGAUGUAAUUAUGUUCUCAUUUUCUAUGAUUUGAGUAACUCCAAAUAUUUUUGAGAAAUUGGAGGAAAUUUACCUUAGCUUAAACUUACCAGUCUUUUAACUCAAAAAAAUGAUUUUUUCAAGAAUUUUGCAAUCCUGAGUUUUAAAAAAAGCAAGAAAACAUUAUUGUUUAAAAUUUCUUGAAAAAAAUUAAGGAUAUAUUAAUCAGCUUUCCCAUUCCUGGGGAAAAAAUACCCAAGAACCACAAUUUAAAAAGGAGAGGUUUAUUUUGGCUCAUAGUUUCAGUGGAUGCAGUUCAUGGCUGGAUGGCUCCAAGGUGGAAAUAGCAUGUCAAAACAGUAUGGCAGAGGAAAGCAGUUUAUCCCAUGCUGGUCAGGAAACAGAGAGAGAAAAUAGGAGCUAGGGAUGAGAAUACCCUUCCAAUCAUAUCCCCAGUGCACUGCCCCUUCUGACCAGGACCCAUCUUCACAUGUGACUUUUGGGGAACGUUUAGAUUUAAAUCAUAACAAGUGCUGUGAAGAAUUUUCAAAAGCCCAUUUAUUGAUAUGCCCUUUGUGUAUUUCUUACAAGUCAUAUUUACCCAUUCUUUAAACAGCAGUUUGACCCAGGAAUAUUGCUGGAUGUAAGUGGCCCAGGUCUGAGAAGUGUAAGUACCAGAGAGUAAAGACAAACAAAUAACCCUAAAUAAAUGAAAGUCUACCUUUUAUUUGAACAUCUCAGCUUCUUUCCCUCCUGCUUCAGAGUCUUUGGACUCACAGUAGAAAUACUGUCUUGCUGUUUUAAACAGGAAAUUUAUGGGAAGGCUCUUUGGAACUUUGUGAGUCUGAAGGUUCUGUUUGAAAGAGGGCAGGAAGCACAGACCUCCAUAUUGGAAGAGGCCCGGCCAGGGCUGGGACCUCAGCGACAGGCUGGAUAGCUCUGCCUUGCUGGGCUGUUUGUUGGGGCCUGGAGUCUCACUCUUGAGCCAAGCCCAAGUCUCCUCUCCCUUGCCUGUGCUGUGGUUGGUCCCCUAAGGUGGAGACUCUUUCAUUUUUUUCCUUUUUCUGGAUAGUGCAACAACAGCAAGGCACUAUUCCAAAGAUGGAUUAGGAACCUCCAAGCCAAAACCAAGCAAACAGUUCACAGAUGUUGUGAGAUUUGUGUAAAGACAUUUUAAAUCUUUGUGUGGAAAAAUCAUUUACUAAGCUGCUUUGUUGAGCUGUAACUCACAUAUCAUGCCACUCACCCUUUCUAAGUGUGCAGUUGAUUGAGUUUUAGAGAAGCUGUGCAACCACCACCACAUUCUAAUUUUAGAAUAAACUAUCUUUUUUCAAAAUGAAAGAUAAAGGAUUCCUCAUUGCACAGCCUUGGAUAGGUUGAGUGACGCCUCUGACCAUGAUUUCCUCUCACCUAAUUUUCUGUCCUUGAAGGCUCAGGAGCACAAUGUCUCCCAGAAGAUGGGGGGUUUUUACAGAUAGCUCCAAUUCGGUGUGGUGAGGUAGCCAGCAGGUAAGUUCAUGCCCUUGGUUCUCUAACAGCCAUGUUCUUAAUGAAAGAGAAGGGCUAGAAAGUAUGGAGAGCUUUGCGUCUCCUCCAUCAGCAGUCAGCAGUGGAGUGUGGAUCCCCUUUUGAUAUCUUUGCCUUGCCUUUACUUCCUAAAGGAGCCAAUUAGAAACACUCAAUUGCAAUAGGACACACAUGUGUAAAUACCGAAUAGUUU